AUGGCUGAACGACCCCAGAUUGCCAUACUUGGAGCUGGCAUUUUCGUUAGAAAUUCAUAUAUUCCAAGAUUGGCUGAGAUCUCUGAUCUCUUUAUUCUUAAAGCCAUUUGGAGCCGCUCUCAGGAAUCGGCAAAAGGUGCUGUUGAGAUUGCUAAGAAGUUCUUUCCAGAGGUGGAAUGUAAGUGGGGUGAGGCAGGACUUGAUGACAUUAUUCAAAAUUCUUCUAUCAUUGGUGUGGCCGUCGUUCUUGCUGGACAAACUCAGGUGGAUAUGUCUCUGAGGCUGUUGAAGGCUGGAAAACAUGUCCUUCAAGAAAAACCUGCGGCAUCUUCAAUAAGCGAGGUUGAAACUGCAUUGUCAUCCUAUAAUUCCUUUGGCACCACCCUGCCUAGUCGACCUAUUUGGGCGAUUGCAGAAAAUUAUCGUUUUGAACCUGCUUUUUUGGAGAGCAAGAAAAUGAUGGCUGAAAUUGGAGAUGUGAUGAAUGUUCAAGUCAUUAUUGAAGGUUCCAUGAAUAGUUCAAAUCCUUACUUCUCAAGUUCUUGGAGACGUGACUUCACUGGGGGUUUUAUUCUAGAUAUGGGGGUACAUUUCAUUGCAGGAUUGAGAAUGAUGGUUGGAUGCGAGAUAACAUCAGUGUCAGCCAAUACGUCUCACAUAGAUACAACUUUGCCUCCUCCAGAUAUUAUCUCCUCAACUAUUCAACUGGAGAAUGGGUGUUCAGGUGUUUUCGUGAUGGUGGUAUCAUCAAGAUCUCCCAAGGUACUCUGGCGAGUUGUGGGCUUAAAAGGAACAAUACAGGUUGAACGAGGAAACAAAGAAGGGAAGCAUGGUUACUCGGUUGCUCUUUUUACUGCUGGUGGGCAAAGCAACAGCUGGUUCUACCCAUUUUGUGGUGUGACUGAAGAGCUCAAGACUUUUCUAUCUGAUAUUUCAACAGUAACGCUUAAGAAAAAUCAAAGCUACCAAGCUGAGCCACGCCUCUCGUACCUUGAAGGUGCCCGGGAUAUUGCUGUUUUAGAUGCAAUGCUUGAAUCUGGAAAGAGACAAGGAGCACCGGUCCAAGUGAAAAGGUUUUAG